AUGGCCAGUGACGACUCCCAAAAAGACUCACUCGACAUUAACACCCUUUCUUUUAAACUGCCACCGUUUACCCCGAGCAAUCCUCGCGUUUGGUUCAGGCAGAUCGAGGCUCUUUUUGUGACAAGCCGCAUUACUAGCGAGCGUACCCGCUAUUCGUACGUUUUGCAGUCCCUCCCAUUUUAUGUAGCUGUCGCCGUCGAAGACCUCCUUAACCCCAUUCCAGCCGACAAACCGUAUACGCUGCUGAAGGAAGCGGUAAUCCAACGGGUAGCUAAAUCGGCCAACCUUAUGCUGCGGGAACUUUUCACGCAAGUAGAGCUAGGUGAUCAGACACCUUCCCAGCUCAUGCGUCACAUGCGCUCACUUCUCGCUGGUAGGCACAUGGAUGACGCCAUUUUUCGCGAGAUUUGGUUAGAAAAGUUACCGGUGCCUAUGCAACAGGUUUUGGCUAUGUUGGACUCGAAUACACCUUUAGAGAAACUAGCUACCCACGCCGACAGAAUCAAGGAGUGUUACCCCAUUGGUGCCUCGUGUUCCACUAUUCAACAGCCACCGCCUUCCAAAGGCAAGCCCCAUCAGGACAUUGACUCUGAUUCAGAAGGCCCACCAUUACCAGAGCACGACACUCCCUAUACGGAAAAAUCGUCAUGCUGUUGCACAACCCGACGAGCGCCCACAUCAGCCGGUCCUCCCAGAACACCCACCGCCGCUUAUCGCACCGAGUACGACGACCUGAGAGAGCAACAUGUGCUCUGCUCUUAA